CCAUUAAACAGGCUUUAGGAAGCAUCAAAACAUAAUUUUCAAGUUUACAUUCCACGAUGAUGCGCGACUCUUGGUUAGGAGAAGUGGCAAAGUACAUAUUACUAUUGACUCUUACCGGCGUUUUGUGGAGUCUUCCCUUUGUCAGAGGCGAAACAUGUAAUUCCAACUUAAAAAUUCGACCCGUUGUCGACAUCUCUUCAAGUUCAGAGAAUGACAGUUUACCCAUUGCUGCCUCGAUUACCCUGACUUGUACAGCAGAGCCCAGAAGGAUAGACUCAGGGUAUAUGGAUAGAUGGGUCGAUUAUGUCGAGUGGUACGAUCCACAGGGUAGACAAGUUGGAGCAAAAUGCCAACAGCCCUCAAACAUACAUGCUCAUAAACUUAAAUUAAGCUGUCCAUUAGUGCUUAAAAAUUUGACAGUUGAAAAAUUUGGCCGUUACACUUGCCAAGCGGGUAAUGGUUACCUAAAACACUGCACGAGGAAACCAUUUGAAAUAGAGAUCCAAG